AUUCAUGCUAGACUUAAUUUUUUAUUCAAAAUGCUGAAGGGAGCCCGUGCUCGAAGAUGGUUUUGUGUGCAUAUAGUCAAACUCUCUCUCUCAAGUCUCAUAUAAUAAACUUCCCUCAAUUUUCUCUCAUCUCUCUCCCUAGCCUCCUCACACCAAGAUGGCUGUAGACCAGCAAGCCACCCACAAAAUUCCCACCCGUACCAGUUUAGCCACCACAUUCCAAUGCCAGGCACGACGGAGAAUCUUCCUACGCAGGCGCAAUAAGAUGCCGACGGUUCGACUUGGUGGGAAGAAACCACGGCGAGGGCUUUUCAUAGUGAGGAUUCUGAAGAAGAUGAGACUUAGGUGGCUGAAGUUGCAAUAUACGUGCAUGCUGAGGAACCUUGGGAAAUAUUAUAGGAAUUUGAUCAAGGAUAUCGUUGAAGCGGGAGCAAGUGUAGAGGCUUUGCAGCAAAGAAUGUUUAUGGAGUCGACCUUCGCUGUCCCGGUUAUGGGUGUUUCCUUCUCUAGCUUCCCUUCUGCGACUGGGUCAGAUCGCCCUCGAGCCUUGUUCUUCUAAAACAUUUUUUUUCCUCAUCAAGUCCCCAAACUGGCCUCUUUGUUUUUUUUUUUGUUUGUUUCUCGUAGUUUUGCCUUUUUCCCACCUUUUUUUUUUCCCUUUUUGCCUAUUGCAGUUUCAAAUCAAUCUCUAUAAGGCAAGAUAAAAUAGUAAAAUGAA